CGCAUCGCAUCCCCAAAUCUCGUUUCCGUCCAAGUCGUCUCCUCUCCUUUUCCUUUCCUCGAAAGACACUCUCUCUCUCACUUCACUCCACUCCACUCCACCGUUUCCCCGUUUCCCUCUCUCGAUCCUCCUCCUCCAAAUCUCCCACCUCAACUCCAUCGCAAUCCAUCCCACCCUCCUCCCAAACCCUAGCAAGCAGAGGGAGCGACGCGGGCAUCAGCAGCCAGCCAGCAAUGCUCACCCCCACCGCGCCGCCGUCCACCUUCCUCUUCCUCCUCCUCUUCCUCCUCGCCGCCUCCAAUUGCAGCGCCACCUCACAGGUCGGCGGCGCGGGGGAGGAGGUGGAGGUGGCGCGGAUGGUGCCGGUGGUGGAGGGGGGCGGGGGGUUCAGCGCGAUGGUGCUCAACGAGACGCGGCGGAGGCUGGGGAGCUUCCAGCUCUGCGCGCCAUGCACCUGCUGCGGCGGCGGAGGCGGAGGCGGAGGAUCCAGGGGCGGCGGAUGCAUCCUCUCCCCGUGCUGCUACGCCAUCAACUGCAACAUCCCCAACCGCCCCUUCGGCUUCUGCUCCUUCACCCCCAAGUCCUGCGACUGCCUCGGCUGCAACCUCUAAGAAAAAGGGAUGCAGUGGAUUGUGGAUUGGACAGAAGUUGACAACUACUGCAGCGAAGUGCGUACUUACGUCGUAAUGGUAAAUUAAGAUGGAUACAAAGAGACCGAAAUGGCAUCGUCCCACUAUAUAGUACGUGUCCUGAAAACAUAUAUUGCUAAUGCUGUACUUGGUACGAUGUUGUAUCAAGAACAGGGGAUUAAAUUGCAGUAAUACAACGUGCAGGCGAUCGACAUGUUGUGCUAAUCUUUUACUCCUAAUUAAUAUCACUGACAGUACUAUUGCUGCUUGGCUAGAAA